AAAGGCCAUAUAAUUGAAUGACGCACAUAUAACAAAUUAAACCUACAUAUAAUAGCAAUUCGUCUUCUUCCAUCUGCCGCCUCCAGAAAUUCUUCUGCUUCUUUUCCGAAAUUCAUUCUCCCCCAAUUGAUUCUUCCUCCAAGAUCUUUAUCGUCCAGCCUGAACCGGAAGAGCCAAGGAUUGAUUUAACUUGGAAUGGAAUCAAUGGAUGCAAAAGAUGUCCUGGGCAACAAUGACAUAGAUGAUGUUCGUUGGCUCUGUUCUUUAACCGAAUCUGAACUUGAUCUGUUAAUUGGCCUAAAGAAUUUGGUAAAUAUGCGAGCUAAUAAAAUUGGCCAUGAAGAUUUGGCAAAGAAGUUUGACUUGCAUAUGCUGCGGACCUUCAGUUUCAUCUUUAUGGAACAUUUGAAAGGACAGCAAAAAGAUUUGCCAGUAGCUUCCAGCAACUUACUUAAACAAAGCCUCAGUGGUAGUUUUGCGAGCAUGACCGCUGAAGAUUUACAUUUAUAUUUGUAUAAAGAUUAUAGGAAAAGGCAUAUUUACAAGUUUUUCCAGGAAAUGCCUCCCUCCCAAGAGCAAAAAUUAAAGCGAAAAAACUAGAAAGUGAAGUUUCAAAGAGACUUGUAGUACAAUAUCCUCUUGCUCAAACACUCGUCACCAGUAUUGAAGCUUGUUGCUUGUUCAACCAAAAUGCAUGAGAUGUGUGCAUCGUGCGACUUAUGAACCUCUAUGUGGUUAUCUAAUUGUUAAAAAAGGGAUCACACAAGCCACUUGCUAUAUGUUAGUUACAGAAUUUGAGUGUAAGUUCAUUUCUUUGCAAUUUAUGUUUUAUUUUUCUA